AAUUUUGGAGCACUUUUUCUACUUGUUCAUAUUUACGCCGCAGAAUCUUGGGCUAAUCCACCAUCAUUGUUUCCAAAUAUUAAAGAAAUAACUUUAUCAGAAAAUGACACUUUAGAAUUAGAGUGUACCAGUCAGAAAAAUGUAACAUUUAUCUAUUCAUCUGAUACAUCUUGUACGUAUUAUAUGUUCCAACCUGCCCAAAGAUACCAAUACGAGUGUUUUUCAAAUAAACCGAAUAUUACUUACGAAUUUGACGGUGAAAAAUAUUUGGCUAAAUUCAGCCGCGAAGGUACUAUCUUCCAAGAAACUGGAUGGUACGGUUGCAUUGAAAGUGAUAAAUUAAUUGCCGAGGGCUGGGACGGACUUGAAUGGAUCGGUCUAACGCCCGAUUACUUCAACAAAUCCGAUGUUUCAUGGACCUAUAAUGCAAGUAUAGCUUACAGCUACUCCGAUGCAUGGAAUGACCAGAUUUCUCAUACACUCACCAAUGAUAUUAUUAUCUCCGGAGUAACUAGUGAAGAUGAAGGAGUCUAUGAGUGUGAAUAUGUAGCUCCACAAUUGAAGAAACGCGUUUCAUCUAAAAUAAAUAUAACCCUCGAUAAUGGUAUUAUUGCGCUGGAUGACUCUAUAGAGAGAUUGGAAAAGAUGAAACAUAAAUCCUCGAAUAUUAAAGUUGAAAUGAAAUCGCUGUUCAAUGAUUAUCAUAUACAUCAAUCGAGGGUUGAGAAGAUUGUAACAGAUAAAUCCUCAGCUCGUAAGUUCGCCGGAACCAGGUUCAGUCUUAUUGAGGAAAUACCAUUCAAACAAUUAAUUAAUUAA